AUGAGAAUCAGGCGUCGUGCAGAACGACACGCACGUUCGGUUCGAAUUCGGACGAUAAUCGAUCGAUUUUUGGAAAAUGAACAAAGUGGGGGAAGACGGACGGUACGAAGAAGGACGUCUUCGGAUAGUCUGCGUCUGGCUAAAAAUGAACGAAAACGGGUUAAUUUACUCCGAUUCAAAGUGCAUUUUAUGAGUGGAACGGGCAGGAGAAGUAGAGGGAAAAUAAUUAUUUUGCGACGGAGAGAUGAACGAUGUCAAAGAAUGGGAGGCGAAAUUGUAAUUGUUCAUCUCUGCUGUUCACUUAUUCUUCCUUUUCCGGUCGUCAAUGUUUUGAAGACACAAGAACAGGAGAAAUAGAAACAGCCAAUUACUUUUCAAAAUGACCGAUGAAAGUGACAGGUCCGACGGGCUACUACUGGAUGCAAACAUUUCGCGCACACAAGCAUCUACUUUGUCAUAUUUCUCAUCUACUUCGUAACAAAUCCUAAACGUUUUCUUCUGGCUUUGAAAAAGAAUAACUGGCAAAUAGGCUCAGCAUUUACAACAAAGAUAA